AUGGAACCAGGCAAUGAUACUCAACUUUCAGAAUUCCUUCUCCUGGGAUUCUUAGAGGACCCAGCACUGCAGCCCCUCAUAUGUGGGCUCUUCCUCUCCAUCUACCUGGUCACUGUGGCUGGGAACCUGAUCAUCGUCCUGGCCAUCCUCUCAGACCCCCACCUCCACACGCCCAUGUACUUCUUCCUCUCCAACCUGUCCGUGGUGGACGUCUGCUUCACCUCCACCACCGUCCCCAAGAUGCUGGUGAACAUCCAGACACAGAGCAAAGCCAUCAGCUAUGCAGGCUGCAUCACCCAGAUGUUCUUCUUAUUGCUUUUUGCAGGGUUAGAUGAUGUUCUCCUCACCGUGAUGGCCUAUGACAGGUUUGUGGCCAUCUGUCACCCUCUGCACUACACAGUCAUCAUGAACCCCCAGCUCUGUGUGCAGCUGGUUCUGCUGUCCUGGGUUAUCAGUGCUUUGAAUUCAUUUUUGCACAGCCUAAUGGUGCUGAGGCUGUCCUUCUGCACAGACCUGGAAAUCCCCCACUUCUUCUGUGAGCUGGAUCAGGUGGUCCACACUGCCUGCUCUGACACCUUUCUCAAUGACAUCCUCAUCUAUUUUGCAUCUGUGCUGCUGGGUGCAGGUCCUUUGGUUGGGAUCCUGUACUCCUACUCUAAGAUCGUCUCCUCCAUCCGUACCAUCUCCUCAGCUCAGGGGAAGUAUAAAGCAUUCUCCACCUGUGCCUCUCACCUCGCCGUUGUCUCCUUAUUCUAUGGCACACUCCUUGGUGUGUACCUCAGUUCUGCUGUUACCCAAAAUCCACAUUCAACUGCAACAGCCUCACUGAUGUACACUGUGGUCACCCCCAUGCUGAACCCCUUCAUCUACAGUCUGAGGAAUAAAGAUAUUAAGAGGUCUUUGCAGAGUCUUCUGUGUGCUGUAUCCUACCCUGGCUUGUGUGCCUUCCUGAGUGGGUUUGUGUGUAUUGAGGGAAGAGAUUGUUGUGUCCAGAUCGUCAGAUCCCCAAACACCAUCAGAGACUUGAACACACCGAAAUGCAAGAGCAAGGUUUAUUUCGGAAGUACAAGCUGCAGCAGGGACCCCGUCUACUCAACCGCACAGCAGAGGGCAGAGGAAGGCCCCAAGCUGUGCCUGGGCGCCUCUUUUGAAGCCGAGUUAUGUCAUCGAGGGGUGUGGGGUAACAGUGGAUUGGCUGGGGUCACCUCUGGUACUUCCUGA